UCUGAGGGCGUCAACCUCUGUCUCCCCUGGUCCUUCAUGAUGGUCCUGCUCUCCUCAGCCUCUGCCUACAGCACGUGCGCCAUCGCUGUUGACAGAGCACGUGACAAUCGCCGAGGUGACGCCGGUCAAAGACUACUACAGCAUCGUGGUGUCCGCUCUGGGCCGCUCCGUGGACACCGGUGCCAGCAUCACGUGCGAAGACGACGUAAAACAUCUCCGCAAGGCCAUGACGGAGAGGCACUGGGAGGACGAGCUCCUGAAGCCCGCCAGCCCCCUGGCCACGCCCACCGGAACCACAAGCUACGGCUCCAUGCCCGAACUGACGUGCGGGGAGAGCAGCGUGGACCCGGUUCCGCCUCCGGUGAUACGCAGCGUUCUGAAGAAGCGGGAGAGCUUCUCCUGCCCGGAGAAAUUGGACAACCUGCACUCCAACAUCGACAGCACGAAGCUGGUGAGAAUCGCGCUGUUCGGGAGCCAGAUCGACCUGACGGAGAGGACCAGGAGGGGGAGGAGGAGGAGCAGGAGGAGGAGGAGGGGGAGUGGGUUAUGUCUACCGCGGGCCCUCGGGGAGUUCUGCGGCUACUUCCUGGUGUGCCGUGGGUGUAGAGCGCCGUGCACGUGCGUUACGGGAAGGCCGGAGGUGAAGGCCGCGCUCGUCCUGUUGGGCAUAGUGUUGUCCUUUGUGGUGACGUGGACGCCGUUUGGUGUGGUGGUGGUGCUGCACAGCGGCGGAAUUGUGGAGGUCCCGAGCUCACUCAGACUGUUAUCUCUGUGGCUGGCGUACCUGAACAGCUGCGUCAACCCGUUCGUCUACUUUAUUUUCAACAUUGUGUUGCGCCGGACUGUGUCUACCUACUUCACUUUGUAUAGAGAGGGUUACGUCAGGCACGCCGACCCGUCGACGUCCAAGGCAGACUCAAACUUACAG